AUGCAACUGACCUGGGGUGACCUCAGAGCUGAGAGCCUAAAGGAAGAAGGUCUGCAGCUGUCCCUGCUGCUGUCCAGUGGCUGGAAAAUGAUCAGGUUCAACAAUAUCCCUGUGGUGUAGAGAAAGCAGAGUACUCUGAAACUCCACAGCAGACGCAGAGAAGGAAGUUUUGCAGAAGGCAGCCUGCAAAAGGUAACACGGGCUGACUUCAUCCCCAGCAGCUACUAUCACAGGAGGUACUCGACCAAUUUUCCUGUCAUGAAACUGCUCCAUAUUGUGGGCACACUGAAGGGCCACCAUCUGGACAACCUUUGCCUACUGAACCAGGUCAACAGUGAGGACUGGAAAGAAGAGGGCAGGAAAUGAGGGCUCACAUUUAAUCAUUUAAAGAUGGUGCUGCAGUGGGCCACGAUGUUCCCUUCCCCUGAGGACUGGGACCUGGAAGGGUCAGUCUAUAGGCUCCUCAUGAUCCUGCUUUGUUGCUUAGCAACCAAAAAUCUCCCCCACUUCCUGUAUCCAGAAGAAAAUCUUUUCCAAGGAGAGGAUCUAGACCUGAGUGCUUUGUACCAAAGAGUCAAGGGGUUUGCCAGCUCACCAGAGCACUUCCUCAAGUGCCAUUUCACCCAAGAACAAUCCCAGCAACUAGACUAUGGUAUCAAGACCAGGCUGCAGCCCCCAGCUCAGUUCGGAGCCUAUUGGGGCCCAGCCUACUUUGAUGUGCUGCUUAGUAAGUUCCAGGUUUACCGCAUCCAAGACAAAGAGCAGAUCUCUGCUCUGUCGAACAUCUUGUCAAAGGCCAAGAAGGUGGUUAAUGACCAGAGCUGA